GUACCUGGAGCUGGAAAGCAGCGGUCAUCGAAAUGAAAUCAGGUUGCAUUAUCGUUCAGGCAGUCAUCGCUCCCACACAGAAGUAUUCCCAUACAUUUUGGCAGAUGAUAAAUGGCACAGGCUUUCCUUAGCAAUCAGUGCCUCUCACUUGAUUUUACAUGUGGACUGCAAUAAAAUUUAUGAAAGAGUUGUGGAGAAGCCCUUCAUGGAGUUGCCCUUGGGUACAACCUUUUGGCUGGGACAGAGGAAUAAUGCACAUGGUUAUUUUAAGGGCAUAAUGCAAGAUGUGCAAUUACUUGUCAUGCCUCAAGGAUUUAUUUCUCAGUGCCCGGAUCUUAAUCGCACAUGCCCAACUUGUAAUGACUUCCAUGGACUUGUGCAGAAAAUUAUGGAACUGCAAGACAUUUUAGCCAAAACAUCAGCUAAGUUGUCCCAAGCUGAGCAGAGGAUGAACAAAUUGGAUCAGUGCUACUGUGAAAGGACCUGCACCAUGAAAGGCAUGACUUACAGAGAGUUUGAAUCCUGGACAGAUGGCUGUAAGAACUGCACUUGCAUGAAUGGUACUGUGCAGUGUGAGGCUUUGAUUUGCCCCUUCUCUGACUGCCCACUUAACUCUGCCCUAACGUAUGUGGAUGGCAAGUGCUGCAAAGAAUGUCAAUCGGUGUGUGUAUUUGAAGGCAGAACCUACUUUGAAGGACAAAGAGAAACUGUGUAUUCAAGCUCAGGGGACUGUGUUCUGUUUGAGUGCAAGGACCACAAAAUGCAGCGUAUUCCAAAAGACAGUUGUACAGCUUUGAACUGCCCAGAAUCUCAACAGAUCCCCUUAUCUCACAGUUGCUGCAAAGUCUGUAAAGGCCAUGACUUUUGCACUGAAGGACAUAACUGUAUGGAGCAUUCUGUCUGCCGAAACCUAGAUGAUAGAGCUGUCUGUAGCUGCCGAGAUGGGUUUCGAGCCCUUCGAGAGGACAAUGCCUACUGUGAAGAUAUUGAUGAGUGUGCUGAAGGACGGCACUACUGUCGUGAGAAUACCAUGUGCGUAAAUACACCAGGAUCCUUUAUGUGCAUCUGCAAAACAGGAUAUAUACGCAUUGAUGAUUAUUCAUGUACAGAGCAUGAUGAAUGCAUAACGAACCAGCACAACUGUGAUGAGAAUGCGCUCUGUUUCAACACCGUGGGUGGGCACAACUGCGUCUGCAAGCCAGGUUACACGGGAAAUGGCACCAUCUGCAAAGCAUUUUGCAAAGAUGGAUGUAGGAACGGAGGAGCCUGUAUUUCUUCCAAUGUGUGUGCCUGCCCACAAGGCUUCACUGGGCCCAGCUGUGAAACUGAUAUUGAUGAAUGCUCAGAUGGCUUUGUUCAGUGCGACAGCCGUGCAAAUUGCAUUAACUUGCCUGGUUGGUACCACUGUGAAUGCAGAGAUGGCUACCAUGACAAUGGAAUGUUUUCACCAAGUGGAGAGUCCUGUGAAGACAUUGAUGAAUGUGGAACUGGAAGGCAUAGCUGUGCCAAUGACACUGUUUGCUUUAACUUGGAUGGUGGGUACGACUGUCGGUGUCCCCAUGGCAAGAACUGCACAGGAGACUGUAUCCAUGAAGACAAAAUCAAACACAACGGUCAGAUUUGGGUGCUGGAGAAUGACAGAUGCUCUGUCUGCUCGUGCCAGAGUGGUUACGUGAUGUGCCGGAGAAUGGUCUGUGACUGUGAAAAUCCCACCGUUGACCUCUUUUGCUGUCCUGAAUGUGACCCAAGGCUCAGCAGUCAAUGUUUACAUCAGAGCGGGGAGCUUUCCUACAACAGCGGUGACUCCUGGAUACAGAACUGUCAACAGUGUCGCUGUUUGCAAGGCGAAGUUGACUGCUGGCCCUUGCCCUGCCCAGAGGUGGAUUGUGAAUUCAGCGUCCUCCCUGAGAAUGAGUGCUGCCCACGCUGUGUCACUGACCCCUGCCAAGCAGACACCAUCCGCAACGACAUCACGAAAACCUGCCUGGACGAAACCAAUGUCGUUCGCUUCACUGGAUCUUCUUGGAUUAAACACGGCACGGAGUGCACCCUCUGCCAGUGCAAGAAUGGCCACGUCUGUUGCUCAGUGGACCCACAGUGCCUUCAGGAACUGUGACACCAACAACCAUCUCCCACAAACAGUUUCUGAUUAAAUAAUUUUCCUUCACAAAAAAGACCUUUAGACCAAAAAUUGUACAAAAUUAAAACUAAAAUUAGAUUGGUUUUGCCCACCUAAAGUGCAGAUACAUGAUGAACUCAGUUAAUUGAAUCAGAGUGAAAUUUAUGGGACUCGAGUCAAGCUUAGAUGUGUAAACCUGUGUAUGAGGUUAGGCCCAAAUCUUCUGGCUAUUUGUCUGUCUGACAUCAUUAUGCAGAAUAUUUAGGUUAGUGUAAAGUGACACAUUGUAAUGCUGUACAUAACGAUGUCAAGAUCCAAAAUCGACUAGGAGACCCCAUGGGGUCUUCCGAAACCUUGAGAGUCUAACACUUGACCAGAUGCAGAGAUUUUUACCUAAUCAUAUUUGGAACUGCAAAAAUGUGUUUGAUUGCUCAAUGCAGAAUUUAGCAGAUUUUUGAGUGAAAGAAUGAAGCCUUCAGGAAUAAAAAACCUAGCAGCUAAGGUGCGAUAUGUACAGUAUGUGCGCUAAAAAAAAAAAAAAAAAGAAUUUAUUGUAAAAACAAAGAAAAAAAAA